AUGGGAGUUUUGCUCAGAGAAGCGUUGAGGUCCAUGUGCGUUAACAAUCAAUGGUCUUAUGCUGUUUUCUGGAAAAUCGGCUGCCAAAAUUCUAGCUUGCUGAUCUGGGAGGAAUGCUACAUGGAGACCACAUCGAGCUCACUUCCUCAAAGACUUUCUGGACUCGAUCUUGAUACACAAGGGAAUGAGAAAGUUCAUUUGCUUACAAACAGAAUGAUGUUGAACAAUCGAAUUAUUCUGGUAGGUGAAGGGUUAGUUGGCCGAGCUGCAUUUACCGGGCAUCAUCAAUGGAUUUUAUCAAACAGUUUCAACCGCAAUGUUCAUCCACCUGAGGUUAUUAAUGAGAUGCUUCUCCAGUUCUCUGCUGGUAUUCAGACCGUUGCAGUUUUUCCAGUUGUUCCUCAUGGCGUUGUUCAACUCGGUUCUUCUCUGCCUAUUAUGGAGAACUUGGGGUUUGUGAAUGAUGUGAAAGAUCUUAUCCUGCAACUUGGAUGCGUUCCUGGAGCUCUUUUAUCUGAAAAUUACAGAACGCAUGAACCUGCUGCUGAUUUUAUUGGAGUGCCUGUGUCCCGGAUAAUACCUUCUCAAGAAUACAAUAUCCUGCCAUCUUCUGCUUUCAUAGCUGAAACUAGCAAUCCACAGUUCAACUCUAGCGGAUCAUCAGAUCAUCGAAAUAAUCAAAUGGUUGACGAAGCGUCCUGUAGUUUUGUGGACGAACAGACCAAGCAUGCAAAUAUGGGAGAGAGACAACAAGGAGGAUGGCAAAACACGACGGGGUUCCUAGCAGCAGGGGAAGUAAUAGUACCUUCAAAUCCCGAGGCGUGGCUGAAUCAAAACUUCUCUUUUAUGUCUAAUGUGGAUGCAGCACAGCAACAAAUCCCAUGUGAAGACAUCAGUUCCAAAGGCUCGCUUGGGAGCGAUGGCUUGUUUGAUAUGUUGGGUUUGGAUGAUAAAAACAAAGGUUGGGGUGUUUCGCAGAUGAGAACAGAAGUACUCACUAGGGAGUUAUCAGACUUUAGGAUAAUACAAGAAAUGGAUUCUGACUUUGGUUCUUCGGGGUAUGAACCUUCAGGAACAGAUAAUCUGUUAGAUGCCGUGGUCUCAGGUGCUUGUUCCUCCACAAAACAGAUCUCAGAUGAUACUUCUGAGUCAUGUAAAACUACUGUGACCAAAGUUAGUAAUUCUUCGGUUACCAUGCCUUCUCACAAUAGCCCUCAAUGUAACCAGUUGUUUGAGAAGAAACAUGGGACACAUGUAGGGCCAUCAUCAGUUUACGGGUCUCAGAUCAGUUCUUGGGUUGAACAAGCACACAGCUUGAAGCGUGAGAGCAGUUCAAGAAUGAUGGAUAAGAAUGAAACUGCAAAACCAGCUAAUAACCGUAAAAGGCUUAAGCCAGGAGAGAAUCCAAGACAAAGGCCUAAAGAUCGCCAAAUGAUCCAAGAUCGUGUCAAGGAGUUGCGUGAAAUCAUCCCAAACGGUGCAAAAUGUAGCAUAGAUGCGCUCCUUGAACGCACAAUCAAGCAUAUGCUCUUCUUGCAAAAUGUCUCGAAGCAUGCUGAUAAGAUGAAACAAACCGGGGAAUCCAAGAUGAAGAAAGAUGAAGGUGGAGCAACAUGGGCUUUUGAAGUCGGAUCAAAGUCUCUGGUGUGUCCAAUUGUCGUAGAGGAUCUAAACCCGCCUCGCGUUUUCCAAGUUGAGAUGUUGUGCGAACAACGAGGAUUUUUUUUGGAAAUCGCGCAUUGGAUCAGAAGCUUAGGGUUAACGAUCUUGAAGGGUGUCAUCGAAACUCGAAUAGACAAGAUCUGGGCUUGCUUCACUGUUGAGGCGAAUCGAGAUGUGACGAGAAUGGAAAUAUUCAUGCAACUAGUGAAUAUUUUGGAGCAGACGAUGAAGUGUGGAGGAGGAAGCUCUAAGACUAUUUUGGAUGGUAUCAAAGCUACAUUGCCCAUUACCAAGUCGGUUACUGGUGGAUGUUCAAUGUAA